AUGACGCGUCGCCCCCCACAAGGCCUGGCUCGUGCAUACGCGACGCAAGCUAAAGGACGAGCAGAGCUGCUUGCGAAACGACCGGACGAUGUGGUCAUCACAUUCGCGAAGAGGACAGCUCUGGGACGGGCACGCAAGGGCCAGCUCAAGGAUGUCCCAGUCGACGAACUGCUACAGGCUCUCUUCAAGGCGACUUUCGAGAAGACCAAGCUGGACCCCUCCUUGCUUGAGGAUAUCUGUGUCGGCACCUGUCAUCCGCCCUCGCCGCUCUAUGUGUCUCGAGCAGCAGCUACCGCUGCCGGCAUCCCGGUUGAGGUGCCCAUCUCUACCGUGAACAGGCUAUGCUCCUCCGGUCUGCAGUCCAUUGUCACAAUCUCGAAUGCCGUCCGGACCAAGCAGAUCGAAUUGGGAAUGGCGGUGGGUGUGGAGAACAUGACAUUAAACCCUCGGCCGACGCCAGAAAUCACAGCUGCAGUAGAUCAGCACCCUCAAGCGCAUGACUGCGUACAGCCCAUGGGCUGGACAUCUGAGAUGGUCGCAAGAGCAUACAACGUUUCUCGCCAGAAACAAGACGAGUACGCUCUCAUCUCGCACACGCGAGCAGCGAAGUCGGUGAAGUCGGGGAUCUUCUCGGAAGAAAUUAUCCCCAUCGAAGUUCGUGGGGCUGUCAUUUCAGUAGACGAUACCGUUCGUCCAGGUGUCACCCUUGAGUCUCUCGCGGGUCUCAAGCCCGCCUUCCUGGAAGACGGAGCGUCUACGGCGGGCAACUCCAGCGGUAUCGGCGACGGGGCUGCUCUCUGUAUCCUCACGUCCCGCGCCAGGGCGGAGAAGGAGGGCUGGGAGGUGCUCGGGAAGUAUGUUAGCAGCGCAUUCGUUGGAGUUGAGCCACGGUAUAUGGGUAUCGGUCCGGUCGCAGCGAUUCCUAAGGUCCUGGCCAAGACCGGGCUUCAGAAGGAGGACGUUGAUGUUUGGGAGAUCAACGAGGCUUUCGCCUCACAGUUUGCGUAUUGCGUCGAGCAGCUUCAAGUGCCUAUCGAAAAGAUUAACCCUAAUGGUGGCUCCAUCGCCCUCACCCAUCCGCUUGGCAUGACGGGUACCCGCCAGGUCGUCACUGGACUCGCAGAACUGAAGCGUCGGGGCGCAGACAUCCUCUGCACCAGCAUGUGUAUCGGCAGUGGCAUGGGUGGCGCCGCUAUCUUCGUGAACGAGGCCCGUCCGUAGGCGUGCAGUCUCCACGAGUGCCCUCAUCCCCAGCUUCCACGGAACCGUAUUUCUGGCAUAUGGGACAUGUACUCGUACACACUUUGUCGCUUUGAUGCUGCUAGUACCACCUCUUCAAGACGACGCCUUGAGCGCUGCGUCGACG